CACCCAGAUGCCACACUAAGGGUUAAACUGGAAAUGGGUGAGGAUAUUUCAUGGGUUAAAGCACUACAUGUUUAGGUUGCUUUCCAAGGCUCAAGUGUCACUCGGUGGCCAAAUGACUUAAGUUAAUCAGAUGAAUAAACAAGGUAUUAAUAGUGGACCGUGUUCAAUAGGGGGAAUAGGGCCACUCGAGGCCAGGAAGCGAUGCCUCUUCUCAGAAAAUAGAGCUUACGUGGCAACGUCACCUCGCCACAUUCUGCUGUAUAAAAACAGACGGCCACAGCGGGCUCAUUGUUACAACCAAAAGUCGUUACGCGCUCAGCGGCAAACCGUUAAGUCAAAACCUCCUCCUCACACAGACUGAAGCUCAAUCAUGCUGGCAACCAGGACUUUGCUGUCAAAACAAACCCUGACUGCUCUCGCUCGCCAGCCUGCCUGCUUUGUUCAUCACGGUGACUAUGGCAACUGGGGGAACACCAAUAUUGCAGUGGUUUUCUCAGGAUGUGGCUGGUGGGAUGGGACUGACGUCCACGAGGGAGUCUACACCAUGUACCACCUGAGCCGGAACGGCGCUCGCUUCCAGAUGUUCGCUCCAAACCAACAGCAGAUGAACGUGAUGGACCACAUGAGAAAGCAGCCCGCCUCUGGCGAGAACCGGAACAUGAUGAUGGAGUCGGCUCGCUUCAGUCAUGGUCAAGGAAUGAUGCAAAUGCAGGAUCUGGCCAAGCUGGAUGUGAACAGCUUCGAUGGUGUCAUCUUUCCCGGAGGCCACGGCGUCACCAAGAACCUAUCCUCUUUUGUGAAGGAUGGCAAAGACUGCAAGCUGCACAACGAUGUGGAAAGGGUGCUUAAAGAUUUCCACCGUUCACGCAAGCCUAUUGGACUGGCCAGCAUGGCUCCCGUGCUGGCCUGCCGCGUGCUGCCCAGCAUCGAGGUGACUAUGGGCUACGAGCGGGACGAGAGCACCCGCUGGGGGAACUGGCCUAACACAAACAUGGCGCAGGCUGUGAAGAGCAUGGGCGCUCGCCACCACGUCCGGGAGCCAUACGAAGCCUAUGUGGACGAGAAGAACAAAGUGGUCAGCACCCCAACCUUCAUGUGGGACACCGAGUAUCACUAUCACUACAUAUUUGAUGGUAUUGGAAAUAUGGUCAAACAUGUCAUGCGCAUGUCAACCAAGUAAUCUGACAUGUUCAGCCUGGAAAAGAAACUAGAGGAAGUUGGUGUGUAUGUACAACAGACACCUCUGUAUUGUGACGAACUCUCACCUGAAGCAAUAUAAAUGUUCUAGUUAAAGAGCAAA